CCGUCAUAUUGGCAAUGCUGCAUCAGGUGUACAUAUUUUGUAUAUGAGUGUUUCCUGCUUUUGGAUGCCGCGUUUUCAAAAUAGGCGGGAGGUCUUUAUUGAAAUUUAAUACAACAGAUUACAGUAGUAUUUAUUUUUAACAAUAAUGAAUAGUACGUUACAUAUUGAGAUCGUACAGCGACAACACAGCUGUCUAGAUAGAAAUGAAUUAUUGAGAAACGUGAAGAAAGUAACCGUGGAUGGCCUUAUUACUUCAGGAAUGACCAUGAGAAGUUUCAACAAUUCCCUUCUUAAUGAACAUGUAGAAUCCAUAAUGUUUAGUGAAUUCAACAAUGAAGAAGGCAAGGUUAUUGACUUUAAAACUGUAAACGUCCGAUACUAUGUCUAUCGACUCAAUGUGGAAGGACAACAGACAGAAGUAAUGGAUGGAGGUGAUGGAGAAGAUGAUGAAUUGUCUGCAGCCAGUCACUGGAUACUUCCAUCUGUUGACUUCCAUGGUCUUUGGGAAAACUUAAUCUAUGAUUCUACAAUUAAAGAAAAUCUCCUCAGUUUUGUGGAAACAACAAUCCUGUUUUCUGAUUGUAAAGUCAACACUAACAUCAUCAGCUGGAAUCGAGUUGUGUUGCUCCAUGGACCUCCUGGUACGGGGAAGACCUCGUUAUGCAAAGCUCUGGCACAGAAAUUAGCCAUACGUCUUGGACAUCGUUUUACUCAUGGAGAGCUCAUUGAAAUAAACAGUCACAGUUUGUUUUCAAAGUGGUUCUCGGAGAGCGGAAAACUGGUGUUGAAAAUGUUCACAAAGAUACAAGAAUACAUUGAAGAUCCUCAAGCACUAGUGUGCGUUCUCAUUGAUGAAGUGGAAAGUUUGACGCACGCACGGCAGUCAGCGCUGGCAGGCACUGAACCGUCAGACUCGUUAAGAGUAGUAAAUGCUGUACUUACGCAGAUUGAUCAGAUUCGAAGAUAUCCUAAUGUUCUAAUUCUGACAACUUCAAAUAUAACGGCUGCAAUUGAUUUAGCAUUUGUUGAUCGAGCAGAUAUCAAACAGUAUAUAGGACUUCCGUCAGUGCAUGCCAUCUACAAGAUAUAUCAGUCCUGCAUUCUGGAAUUGAAAAGGACGGGCAUUGUUACAUCAAUAGACAACAUUGUUCCAUUUAAGUACCUACAGUUGCCACGGACAGAGCAUGACAAUACAAUGGCCUUCCAACUAAGUAUGCAACUAUUUUCAAUUGCCAGACAAAGUGAAGGUCUCAGUGGGCGAACACUACGCAAGAUUCCUUUCCUUGCUCACGCAUAUUACAUUCAGGUACCACAAGUUUCAUUAGAAGAUUUUAUAAACGCAAUGCAUAAAGCAGUCAUCAAACAACUAUCAGACAGAAAAGAUUUUUCAUAAGUGUAAAAUGUGUUUUAAGUGUGGCAAUUUCUCAUGUUCAUGUCUGGUGAAAAACUGUAAAUUGUUCAACUGUUUAUGUUUGUCAAAAGACAUUAAUUUAAUCUACAUUUCAGAAAAGCACGAUUGCAGUGAAUUUCAACAAAUGUAUCUACGAGGCUCGUCCACAAAGUAAGUUUCCCUGGGGCCGUUUA